AAAAAUACAAGUUACAAGUAAAAUUACUGCAUUGAAAAUGUUACUCAAUGCAGAAUCAAAAAGCACCAUGCAACUGUUAUUCUAUUAUAUAUCAUUAGAUUAUUAUUUAACAUGUAUUUAUGUAAAAGCAGGAUUUUACUUUUGGCGUUAGUUGAGGUUGAACUAUUUUGUAUCAGACUACAAUUAAGGAUUAAUCCACUGAUUGUUUUCUCCAUCAGUCAAUUGUAAAAGUUAUCUGUGAUUAUGUGCUGUAUGUUUUAAUGUUUUCUGUACACCAUGUUUUAUGUUUUUUGUUAUGCCAUCAACCUGCCAGAGACUCCAGAUGAAAAUGUGUCAGCUAAUUCAGCUAAAUCUGGCUCAUUUACAUUUUGGACUUAGUCCUUAUGUUCAUUAAUGUCCACUGUCCCUUUUAAAUAAAUAAAUGAACAAACAAACAACAAAAUCUGAAAAUAGUGAGAAAUGCUGUCAAAAUUGACCAGAGACUAAAGUGACACCUUCACAAUGCUCUCUUUGUCAGUGCAAAUCGUAAAAUUAUUAAUAAAUACAUUAGGUGUAGUAGUCUAAUUUAUAACAAAACAUAUUUUUAAACUCUACGUUUUUUGGUGUAAAAAUCCAAAUUUGUAUGAUAACUGAAGCUGUCAGAUAAAUGUGAAGUGAAAAGUACAAUAUUUACCUCUGAGAUGUGCUUGAGUAGAAAGAAAAUACUUUAAUUUGUUCUUAAGUACAGUACUUGAGCUGAUGUACUUAAAUACUGUCCACCACUGGAGUAUAAAAUGUAUUAUUCUGAUCCUUUACUUAAGUAAAGUAGAAAUACCUAAAUAUAAAAACACUCUAUACUGUACUCGUGUACAGACAUAUCAUCAGCAAAUUGUGCUUAAAAUACAACCUAUAAUCAUUCCGCAGAAAAUAAUCUAUUGUUGGAUCGUUGAUGCGUCAAAUAGCAUUUUACUGUUGAAGCUGGUCGAGGUGGAGAUGACCAUGUAAAAAUAAUACAUACAAGUAAAAGUCCUGCACUCAACAUUUUACUGAAAUAAAAGAACAGAAGGAUCAAAGUAAAAAUGCUUAGUGGUGUCUGACAGUGUUAUAUUAUUAUAAAACAUAUUCUACAGGUUUAUUUUUGCAUGUAGGGUGAUGAAGUAGCUUGUUGUGUUUAAUUCACUGGAGUGAAACUGACACUCCAAUCUGGUUAUUUUAUUUAUCUAGGCUAUAUUUGGCCCCUCCACACUGACCCAGGGCCGUUUGCUUUCAGCUUAUAGCGUCUCUUUACUUAAAAACAGGUUUUCAGUGUGGGUAGGCCUGCAGCACAAACACACAGUUUGUUUUGUCUUGUAUCUCUGUUCAUCUUUGUUGUCCUUGUUUUUUCGCCGCAUGUCCGUGUUUAUCUUCCUGUUAACUGUCCUUGGGACUGUGUUUGACAUUAAUAGCAACAUAAAACGGGAGUCAAAUGAUUAAUAGAUUAAGAUUCCCAGCAGAAUAUGAAGUGUUUAUAGUUCCACCUUCACCAGCUGCAACGUCAAAGUGAUGGUUACAAGGUUUAUUUGUCAUUUUACAGCACAUGGUUGUAAAAGAUAAUGAGAUGACGUUUGUAGUUCCCUUUCUCCCACUCACAAAAGUAAACAAUAAAAUUAUGUGCAGAAAUAAAGUUAUUUUAAAUGGUGAAAAGAAGCUGCUCUGGAAUCUGGUGGUACGACACAUAAAUGCAUAAUUAUAAUCUAAUUAUAUAAUAUUUAUAAUCCUGUAAUGGGCCAUUCUGCAUAAUCAGGUUUUCUUUUUAAGCUUUUGGUACUUUAAGUAUAUGUUCAUGUUGCUAUGUUUUACUUUUUCUUUGUGUAAAAAAUCUUCUUCCACCACUGCUGAUGCAUCAAUCUGCAUUUUUAGUAUCGGAGCUGGUCAAGGUGAAGCUUGUUUUAACAACUUUAUACACAGUUACGCUAGUUUAACUAUAUGUUGAUCAUAUAUUUUGAAAGUCAAACCUUAAUCUAUAAAGUAACUCCAGCUGUGGAGUAAACUGCACAAUACUUCCCGCUGAAAUGUAAGAUCAGAUGUUCAGAAUCACAAUCAGGUUUCUUGCUUUUUUCUUUCUUCAAGUCCAUUUUCACAUAGAAGGAAUUUGCACGUUCAGUUUUGUGCGUAAGCAAUAAACAUAAGGAAAGUAAAUAGUAGCGCAAAGAUUGUAGCGCAAACAAUCUGGAUUCAAGGUGACAAUAAGAGGAAAUAAAUAUCGUACGAAAUAGGAAAUCAAAAAAGCAAACAAUGGAAGAUUAUUUGUAAAAAUAAUAAUCUUUUUUCACAAUUUGCUUGUUGCUUUUAUGUUUCAUGUAAAGCAAUUUGAAUUUCGCUGUUGCUGAAAUGUGUUACAAUACAAAUAAACAUGCCUUGCCUUACAUUCAAAAUCAUAAUCAUAAUCUGAAAUACUUUAUUUAUCCCCGUGGGGAAACUAUUGUGUCACAGUUGCAAAAAAUAAGAUAUACACAAGGGCGUCACUUUGUAUUGAAAAGUGGUGGGGACACAGGCGCUCAGAUUAGGGGUGUGAAAAGACAUUUAGCUCGCGAGACAUCACGAGGCGUGAUAUUAGGUUCAUGAGAACGAGACAGAAAGAUCCUUAAACAGUGUUUUAAAGAUAUCCUCAAUGGUGAGAUAUAUGAGUGGGAUGUCUGGGGGACCUCCCACAGGAAAUUUUGAUCUUUAAACACUUAAUUUCAUUGCAUGCAUUGCAUUUCACUGCAUUCUAGUGAAAGUUUCUGCACCAGUUUAUGGUGGAAAUGUUUUUCUUUAUGCAAAAUUCAGGCAGAAGUUGACAUUUCAAAAUAUAUAAAUAUAAUAGAAUGUAAGUCAGCGCAGCUCUCAGGCUUUCUGUGCUGCUUUCAGGUCUGUUUCUCCUGGAGAUCAACUUUUCUCAUGUAAUAUCAUCACUGCUGAGGCAACACAUAUGUAGGCAGGAUUUAGUCCUCUCUUGUCAUGUUCACAGGGAGAGAAUGGAACAGACAUGUCCCCAGCGUCCCCAGUGUAAAUGACAGCUAUGGAUAUACACGUUGCACAUCAAGGCAAAAGGGAAUAGGAAUAAUAAUAGAAAGUUAGAAAGUUAGAAAGUAAAAUAAAGUAUAAAUAUAAAAUUUUGAGAAAAAUAUAAGGAUAAAAAAAUAUAUAAAGGAGUAUGGAUAUGGACUAUAUUUACAUGAUUAACAGAAUUGUAAUGAUGUACAUACUAAAUAAAUAGAAGCAGAAUUGAAGCAGAAACCAUUGCACAUUUAAUAUUAUAAUAGAUAAUCUUGCAAAUUCUGUUAUAGUGUGACCAAUGGAUGGAAAUAUAGUAAAAAACAAACCAUUAACUUCUUUGCUGGGGACUCUUGGGGGUCCCCGGACCCGAGGUUUUACAUCAGUAUUGCAGUAUUUGUGCAGAUUUAAUUGCGCGCUGUUCCUCCGCGCCACCAGGGGGCGCGCUGCCCCCUCCGAGGAGCUGUCGGUGUUUUUAUUUCUCCAGGAAGAAACAUUUCGGUUGAGCUCAGCUAGUGACCCUCCUGCAGCGAGUAAAGGUUAAAUAUCGUCUCUUUCUGAACAUUUAGACGCGCGUUUCAACUCGUCGUCUCAACCCACAAAUAGCCAAGUCGUGCAAAGUUUAAAAAGAUACGUAUUUCCGGCUUGAACUCGUAGUCUCUCUGCACGUUAGCUUCCUUGUUGCUAAGCUAAAGCUAGCUGCAGUUUUGUUUUCCAGCUAACCUGAGCGGCGAGGUUUGGCUGUGAUGGCUGACUUCAGCAGCAGCAUCCUGUAAAACGAUUCCAAACACAAACAAUAACAUCCAUCCAUCCAACCGUUACCCAGUCGUUACAGAUGUUUUCUGAACAUCCGGCGGUCGGAGCCGGGCCCGCAGGAAGAGCUACGUCAUCGUCAGGCGUGUCAGGAAAUGCAGGCUGGGACGGUUCAGGCGGGAUGGACCAGAUAACCGUGGUGAGAAUAGAUGACACACACAUCGCAGAGGAGCAGUCUCAUGUCGGGGUCAAGGUCAAAGACGCCGCCGCAGAGUACUAUGAGAUGGAGUACUCGAUACCUGCGGAGGAGGAGGUGGCGGCGGCGGCAGCGGCUGCGGGAGAGGAGGAGGAAGACGGUGUUUAUGUCAUCGAGUAUUCAAAUCCGGAAGAGGAGGGAGAGAGCUACCAGUUUACGAUGUCCGUGGACAGAUCGCUCCCGGCCAAAAAGCCAGUAACUAAAAAUCUUGUGGUUGGAGAGGACGCCAGAGCUCCUUCGCCUGUGACGUCCAAACCGCUCAGGCCGGCGAGGCCGAGACAGGAGGCGAGGCAGAAGAAGAAGCUGGAGGCUAAAAAGGAGGAAGUUCUGAGCAAUAAGUGUGUGUUGGAGCUCGGAGAGAACUACAGCGACGUGAUGGAGAUGAAUUCAGGUAAAAGACUGGUGUGCUCGCUGUGCCCGCCGCCCGGCAGGUUCUUCAAGAGAGGCUCAGGUUUGGCCGUACAUUUAAAACAAAUGCACCAGUUGAUGGGGAAGAAGACGUUCUUCUGCGCGUCGUGCAAACAAACGGUUCGCUCUCAGAUCGAGCUGGACGCCCACACGCGACGCCACGCCAACCAGGACGCGGUGUUCACCUGCCUCCUCUGCUCGGCGGAGGCGGAAAACAAAACGGACGCGGACAAGGCGGUGUUCAAAGGCUCGAGGUGGGGUCUGAAGAGGCACCUGGAGACCGAGCACCCGGGCGUCAUCCCGCGCUGCGACAUCUGUAAUAAAGGCUUCAAGACGCUCGUGUCGUACCUGGCCGACCAGUUCAGGCACGUCGGCGUGUCGCCCUACCACUGCGCCAAGUGUCAGAUCUAUGAGAUGACAGAGAGGGGUCUGACUAUUCACAUCAAAAACCACGACAAGAAGAGCAGCAGCAGCAGCAGCAGCAGCAGCAGCAGCAGGGGUCUACUGAAAACCACCUGCAGACGCCUGCAGUCCCCGCCGGCGCUGAUAACUCCGCCACCGACGACUCUGACUUCUGACACGUUUCGUCUUUCCAAAAUCAUUUUUAGACUAAAGCAGCUCGGUGACCUCCUCUCUGUCAGGUGGACGUCUGACAUUUAUGCAUCUUUGACGAAACUGAACUGAACUUUUGUUUGUUUUUUGUAAAUGUAUCAAAUUUAGGAAACCUGGUUUUGUAAUUUCACAACUUGCCUCAAGUUGUUCAUAACUGUGGUGCCAUCUGGUGGAGUCUCAGUGUCAUGUGUGGAGUAAAUACAGUUUGGUGACAUCGCGCUCGGUAGGGAAUUGAUCAUAACCUGGGUCUUAUUUAUGUAUGUGGCCAUCAAGCCUGUUGGAUAUGUUGAUUUCUUUUAUUUAAAGGAAUAGUUUGCAAAUGUGCUUUCUUGCUGAGAGUUUGACGAUCAGCACCUCUCUAAUGUCUGUACAGUAAAUAUGAAGUUGGAGCCAGUUAGCUUAGCACAAAGACUGGAAACAGGGGAAACAGAUAGCCUACCAGCACAUCUAAGAGCUGGGGUACACUAGAAAAGCCAUCUGACAAGCGGGUCUGAAGUUAAUGAAUUAACACGUUAUGUCUUGUUUGUUUAAUCCAGACACUAACCGAAGGAGGGUCGAUCCGUUUUCAUCCUGCAGCUUCACAGCAGCAUUACGGAGUGAGGAUGUUUACCUGCAGGCAGCAGCAGGCAUGUAAUUAUACUCUUAGGAGUAGUAAUUAUCCUGCCAUCAAAUACAUCUUGUAGGUGCUGGUUUCUUCAAAUACAUGAGGAAGAAAACGAUGAUCCGAGUAAGAAGAUUAAGUAUCUGCCGCCGUAAUUAUUUGAAAACAUAUACAUGAUAAAAACAAAAAUGGACGCCCAUGUAAGCAGCAAUGCCAGUUUUGUUUUCAUGCUAAAACGUGUUUUUCUUUAAUACUGACAUUUUCCUAAGUGUAACGCAGCUUUUAAAGUUUGAUGAAGGAGCAGACAGCGGCCGGAGCCACCAGGAGCCGCCCACAUGGCUCUUCAGAAACCUAUAUGAGCUGCAGAACUCAUAAUUAUGAUGCUUUUUCUGCAGUAAAAGCUUUUUAUCAGCACUUUACGAAUAACCCUGACAGAAUUAUUUUCUAAUUAGCCCUCAGUUUUAACUGCAGCGACACAAUGAGGAUAACGGAGAACACGACACAGAAGAGAACCAGAUGUUCACUGUGAUGGAUCAGUUUGUGCUGAUUUCAUAGAAUUUAAGUGAAGCAGUUAAAAUAAUGUGUGGUCUCUGUCAGAAAAGCAAGGAGCACUUGAUUUGUAAUAAACGCACCAGAAGAGCCAGGUUAUUGUUUUCCUCUAGAGAAAAGCCUGCAUGCAUGUAAACGCCCUCACUGUGAAUUUAAAAUGUAUUACAGAAACUUUACAUCUCUCAUCUUGAGACACUGAUGAAGAUUGUUUGAUAUGAUUGAAAGCUCCAGAACAGCUUCUAAAUUGCUUUGAGAUUGUUUUGCCAAAUCCCUAAAUCCAAUCUGUUAAAAAAAAAUACAAUGUACAAUUGUGAAACUGAUGUAGAAACUUUACUAGAAAAUAUUUACAAAAGUAAAACAUUGAUUAUUAAGCUCAUCAGGAAAAAUAAACUACAUUUAACAUCUUUUUUCUAACCUUUAAUGACUAUUUAAAUUGUUUAUGAAGUAAAAAAAACAUUUUUUUACACUAUAAAGGCAAGAAGAUUCAACUAAUUAACCAAAAAGUAAUGAAAGUGAAAGUAUUUGUUACAGCAGCAGUAUUUCCCAAACUUUUUAAUUGUGACUCAACAAUUUAUUUACAUUAUUUACACUUUAUAACAAUCUUGGUGUGAUCGUGCGCUAAAGAGGUGAUUGUUUAAUUUGAAUAAUUUUUUUAGAGAAGUGAAAGUUUUCAGUAUUACACAAGAAAAACACAAACAUUUGAAAUAAUGCUCAGACUAUGUGUUUUUCUUUGUUUAUUAUGUUGUGGCCCUUCAGAUUUAAAUCUGGACCUUAUUAGGGGUCUAAAUCUGCAGAUUGAGAACCAGGUUGAGGCAGUGUGUGGACAUGUUUUCUCAUUAUGUUUAACAGGAAGUGUGACGACACAUUUUCAGAAUAAAUCUGCAUCAUAUAAACAGUUAAACACUGUUAAAGUUAUAACGUUUGUUUGUUUAUGAAUGAAUUUUCAAUAGAUGGGAUUAAAUGCAUGACUUUGUUGUUAAAUAGAGGCAGUAAAGGAAUAAAACACUUUAUUUUACACUCAAAUAUAAAUCAUGAAUAUUCUAACGUUGGAGGAUGAAACAAGUAUUAAAAGGUGCUAAAAUCACUAAAAUAUCAACUAGGUUUGGUGCAUAAACACAGAAGAACUGUCUUUAUUAAACAUUUACAAGUGAGUGUGAGUUUUUAGUUUUGAAAAUUAAAAUAUGUUACAUGUUUGAAAUUAUCAUCUCGGUAACGUGUAUUUUUGUAUUGUUUUUUUAUUCUUUGCUGUAGCUGCUUGUCUCUAAACUUUAUCCUUAUGUCUUUUUCGUUUUGUUUUCUGACAUUAAAGGGAAACGCCACUGAUUUUA